UGACGCAUAAGGGUAGUUUUGAAUUCCCAAUCCUUCUCAACCUUCUAAAAGACACUAGAAGAAGCUAAAAGCAGUCGUCCCACAGUCGGAAAUAAUCUGAUACCCCAAGGAUUUUCUUAACCUAUACCAGACUUGACCCUGUCCAUCGAUUAAAGUAUCGAGGUUUAGCGAUAUCCACGCAAAGAACGCCGCAUUGUUGUCAGACGCGUUCUCUCAAACCGACCUCACUUCACUCUUCGUUUCUACUAGGCCAAGAGUCCCGAGUUCAUCAUGGACCAUAUGCUCGGUCUCUGGGCAGGAUCCAUCCUAUUGGUCUUAGGCUAUGUCUUAUUAUGUAAGUUUCGGCCUCGACCCCGCUCCAGCCAAGAUUUGACCUUGAUGGUCAUCUUGGGCUCUGGAGGUCAUACCACCGAAAUGCUCACCCUCUUGAAGUCCAUCCCUCUCAACCAAUACAAGCGAAGUAUUUUCGUCAUGGCCGAGACCGAUCGAUUCAGCGCCCAAAAGGUGACCCAGCUCUAUUCUCACGAGCAGAUCAUGACCAUUCCACGAUCCCGAGAAGUGGGCCAAUCUUGGAGUUCCACCGUCAUUUCCACACUGAUUUCAAGCGUCAAAUGUGGUCUUCUGUUGGGCCGAACACGCCCACAUGUCAUUUUAUGCAAUGGCCCUGGGACUUGCAUUCCGAUGUGUGGGGUGGCCUGGAUUUUCAAUCAGCUCCUUAUUUGUCAGACAGUCAUGUUCUACGUGGAAAGCAUUUGUCGCGUUCGCAGUUUGUCGUUUUCCGGGAAGAUCAUGCAAUUUCUUACACCGCACGUUUUAGUGCAAUGGCCAGAAUUGACCCGAACCGCCCCCAGGACAAAAUAUAUCGCCCGUUUCGUGUGAACAAAUAGUUUUGUAGUCCAUUCUCCAAUGUGUGUUCCAAGUUAUAUUCGAACGAAAAAGGGAAGCAACGAGAUUUGAAGACAACAUACGGAAGGGCAGAUUUGGGGGCCAGUGAAAAUAAUGGGUGUCUCUUUUGGGGGG